AUGGCUGCACUGUAUCAAGUUCACCUCACUAAGAUCGAAUCCCAGCGAACGAAAAUGAUGCGAAAAGGACUGUGGUCUCGUUACAUCAAAAUGAAGAACGUUAAACGAAUUGCAAUGGAACGCAAAAUGGGCGGUCUUGCCAAAGUGAUCCCCCAAAAUGUGAAUGACUAUGAAGACGAAGAGUACAUUGGAAACAUUACAAUCGGCACACCAGAGCAGCAAUUUCAGGUUAUCCUCGACACUGGUUCUUCGAAUCUGUGGAUUCCCGACAUGACGUGUGGGCAAAUUCACGAAAACUGCAAUGAUUUAAACUGUAAAGGAGGAGGAAUUAUUUGUGAGGCUUUGUGUAACGACCAAUCGUGCUGUGGAGGUGGAAACGUAAACGCUUGCCAAGGAAAGAAUUCCUUCAACUCAUCAAAAUCCUCAACAUACAAAGCAAAUGGACAACAUUUUUCAAUUCAAUACGGCACAGGUUCAGCAGUUGGAUUUCUCGGACAAGAUACAGUGAGAUUCGGUGGUAUCGGUUCUCAGCAACUCUCUGUACCAAACACCGUAUUCGGUCAAGCUACCAGCCUUGCUGCUUUCUUCGCAGAUCAACCAAUAGACGGCAUUCUUGGGUUGGCGUUUCCCUCCAUUGCAGUAGACGGAGUAACACCUCCAUUCUACAACGCAGUUCAGCAAGGUCUCGUCGAUCAACCAAUUUUCACCGUAUUCCUCAGGCAUGUCGGAGAUCAGGACAACGUUCCCGGUGGAGUUUAUACGUAUGGAGGCUUAGACGAUCAAAACUGUGGUCCCGUGCUUGCCUACCAACCUUUGUCCUCUGCCACAUAUUACCAGUUUAAACUUGAUUCCGUUUCAUCCAGUACAUACUCUUCGAGCAAAAGUUGGCAAGCCAUUUCAGACACAGGAACCUCACUUAUGGCUGCCCCAUCUUCUAUCGCUAGUUCAAUAGCCGAAGCUAACGGUGCAACGUACGACUCCGAGGACGAAGUUUAUUUCAUCGACUGCAACGCAAAAGCGAGCCUUGUUCUGGUCAUUGGUGGUAAUACUUACACAAUCAACACUGCAAAUCUUAUCAUUCCUUCGGGAGACGGACGCUGCCUGCUGGCCAUCUUCGGAAUGAACACAUUCGGCUUCGGGCCUGCAUGGAUCCUGGGCGAUCCAUUUAUUCGCCAGUAUUGCAACAUAUACGAUGUUGGACAGGAGCGAGUCGGUUUUGCAAACUCGUUGCAAGAAUGA